GAUCACGUCCGUGUGGACCCCUUCAACUUUAAUACUGGUUGCUUCUUACUGACCAGGGGAGUUGGCCUCAGUCUCCUUCAGUCUGAUUUCUAGCCAUUGCGAGGUGUGUAUGAGUGGCUAUAUUCUAGUCACCGUUUUUUGACUGGCGUAUCAGCAGAAAGCCUUCAGAACCUUCUGUGACCACUUAAACUCACACAGGGCUGAGGCUGCCUACUCUUCAUUCAGCACUUAUUGGGUGCUUGCUGUGCUCCUAGCCGGAGCCAGUGCCAGUGUAGGGAGAAGGCCCUGAGCUCUCUGAGGGCUCUUUCAGGUCCAAAUCCAGGCUGCAGUCCCAGCCAUCCAUGGCGAGAACUCGUGUGCGCAGCACUCGGAUAUAUAUCUCUCUGCUGGACUGCGCGGCUUCUCUGAGCCUUACGGCGUCGUCCUCCUGCCCCCGCGCUACGAGGGCGUUAGCGGCGAUUAAGGAGGACCCUCCGGACCGGGACCCCGCGUCCAGUCGCCCAGCCCUGCUCUGGCUUGGGCCCGCAUGGAGGGGACCGUGGAGUCUCAGACGCCCGACUUGCGAGACGUAGAGGGCAAGGUGGGCAGGAAGACCCCCGAAGGGCUGCUGCGCGGGCUGCGGGGCGAGUGGGAGCUGGGAACCUCCGUGAACCUGCUGCUCCCGGGGGCGCCGAACACCGGCCACGGCCUGGGGGACAAGAUCAUGGCGCUGAGGAUGGAGCUGGCUUACCUUCGGGCUAUUGAUGUGAAGAUCCUGCAGCAACUGGUGACCUUGAAUGAGGGCAUCGAGGCAGUGCGUUGGCUGUUGGAAGAGCGGGGAACACUGACCAGCCAUUGCAGUAGCCUCACCAGCAGCCAAUACAGCUUGACAGGUGGAAGCCCAGGUCAUUCAAGGCGGGGUAGUUGGGACAGCCUGCCAGACACCAGCUCCACUGACCGGCUAGACAGUGUCUCUAUUGGCAGCUUCUUGGAUACUGUGGCCCCCAGAGAUCUGGAUGAACAAGGCCCCCCUGGGGCUUCCUGUCCCGACAUUGACUGGACAAAGGUUAUCCCUGGUGAGCACAGGUCCAGGACUGAGGUGGAUAUGACAUCUACCAGGCUUGGGAGUUUAGGGGCUGCAUGGAAGCUCCCAGGGGAUGAGCUCCAAGGUGGAUCACCUCAGCCGCCAGAGGAUGACAGUUCUAAGCUGGACUUUGAGGCUCACUGGUACUGGGGACAGUGCCAGGAUGAUGUGACCUUCUUGUAAAAUCUUUUCCACCCAUUUGCACUUUGUGGGGCUUUCAACCUUUGGCUCUGAUCUCCCUCAAAAUUUAUUUUUCCUCACUCUUGAACUAGGCUUAGACUAUACUGAAAUCAGUUACCAUGGAAACCUGGCUCAUCAUCUCUCUGGUCCCUAGGGAGCCUUUCCUUUUAUCCCACAAUUAUUGGGUCCCUAGAGCUAUUUCCAUAAAGAUACUCACUAUAAAGGCCUAGUUUAUGGUGCCUGAUGUCCCUCCUCCAACUAGGUGAAGUGUUAAGGAAUUUUAGGACCUCCAGAACAUCACUGAUGAAGAGAUGGGGGUGUAAUCACUUUAUCUAAAGUCUAAGAGCCUUGGCUGCCUCUUAGGCAAAAUGGAGAAUUGAGGAGGAAUAUUCAGGGCUAAACCUCCAUGAAUCCAUGAAUCCAAUAAGCCUUCCUAGGUGCCUUUGGAGUUGGGAACCCACCCCUUCCUAUCUGCUGAGUGAUGUCAUUUCCUGCCAGGAUAGACUAGUGCCUCUUCUGUACCUGUCCUUCGAUGGUGUGUGGUAGGUCAUUAUAGAGGGCUUCUGAGCCCCUGUUGUUAAGCAUGACCUUUAUCACUUAAUGUCACAGUCAUUACUUCUUUUAGUGGGCACAUAACACUUCCUGGCUGUGUUUUUCACUGCAGAUGUUCGUGUUGCAUUUCAGAAGGUCCUCACUUUUCAAACAUGGUAUUUUGUCUUAAGGAUCUCACUUCUGUGGCUACAUCUCUGCCUGGUGCUAUAACAACACUCUUAUCUUGGCGCUUUUAGGGAGAGAAACUCUGAAUCUCCACCUAGGCUCUCAAGUUGGCUAGGCUUAGUUUACUGCAGGCCUGUCUUACCCUGUUCCUGGGCUGCCCCAUUCCUGUUUUCUGGCCCCACAACUGCCUUCCAGGAUGUUCAGCUUAAGUGUGUUCACACCUCUGUUUCCCCUUUAGGACUUAGCCCUUUUAAUGUACCUCCUCAUCCCACUAUUGUUUGGAGGUAAGGAAAAUGAGGUUUCAGGGUUCUGGGGCCACACUUGAAUGGUAGGGAGGUCUUGGCAUCUGACUGCACUUACCCUUCCCCCACCCUGUCUAGCCUUCCACCAUUUGGUCACAAGUAUGCCAGCCUGAGGUUGGGAUACAAGGCAUCUCCUUGUCUGGGCUACAAUGUGGAGGCAUGGCAGAAAACAACAGAUGCCCUUUAGUCCCUGGGGCCUCAUCUGGGAGGGGGGAAAAGACUAUGGAAAGUCCUCUUCUUUUAUGGCAAGCCUGGAACCUGAGGAGGGAUAGGGGAACUGGUUCUGGGGUUGGGUCCCCAGGUCCUAGGUAAUUAUACCAGAGAAAGAAUUCCAGGGAAACUGUCACCCUGGGGCUCAGGGAGAGGACAAGCCCAGAGAAAGAUGUACGUGUGUGGCUGUGGCUGUGCUGAUACCAAAAUGAAUUCUUGUAGAUUAACCCUUUAAGCAACAGCUACCUGCCCCAUAUGUUGGUCCCUGUCCUUCCUUCCUGGGCCCCGAAAUUAGAUUACUGGAGGGAAAAGGACGAUAUUUGUGUGCCCUCCUGAGUUGGAAGAGUCUUCCCCAAAUCCUGGAAUAAACACUUGGCUACUUUU